AUGGUGGUGAAACGCUUUGGCCUGUCUCAAGCGAUUGCGUUACAGCUGUUGUGUGAGUGCGCGCCUUGUUGCUACUUGCCCAUGGGAAGACUAGACCUCGGCUGGGCCGUGGCUUCCCAUCUGAGUCCACCCCGGCCGGUGACGGAAGGAAGACCACUUCGUGGUGCAGUGCAGUGGUCCGCAAAUCCGGGUGAUAACGAUUGA